ACUGUUGUUGAGCAUACUGAACCUACUUGUUUUUCACAGGCCACUAAGCAUCCUGAAUGGCGUGACGCCAUGACUGAAGAGAUCAAUGCACUCCUCAAAAAUCACACAUGGUCUUUGGUUCCUUCCUCUUCGUCUCAGAACUUGGUUGUGUGCAAGUGGGUUUUUCGAAUUAAGCGUCACUCUGACGGCUCCAUUGAACGCUACAAAGCUCGUCUAGUUGCCAAGGGUUUUCAUCAAUGUCCGGGCAUAGACUAUGAGGAAACCUUCAGUCCUGUUGUCAAGCCUGCCACCAUUCGCAUUGUUCUCAGUCUUGCAGUUUCUCGUGGUUGGUCCCUUCGUCAACUUGACGUCAAAAAUGCCUUUCUCCAUGGGUUUCUUCAAGAAGAUGUCUACAUGGCUCAACCCCCUGGUUUCAUUGAUCCCACUCGUCCUUCUUAUGUUUGCAAGCUCCACAAGGCACUCUAUGGCCUCAAACAAGCACCUCGUGGCAUCCCAUACCAUCUUUCUUCUUCUAUAUGUCGACAACAUCGUGGUAACUGGCAGUGAUUCCACUCAUCUCCAACAAUUCAUCUCUCUUUUAGGUGGCCACUUUGACAUCGAAGACCUUGGUCCGCUUAGCUAUUUCUUGGGUUUACAGGUUCUUCGUAAGGAUGGUACUCUCCACAUCAAUCAACUCAAAUAUGCACAUGAUCUUUUACAGAAAGCCAAUCUUCUCAACUCUAAACUAGCAUCUACUCCAUUGGUUGCCAAGGUUCUCCUCUCUGUCUCAGAUGGUGCUCUCAUCUCCAACCCAACCGAGUAUCGCGAGCUUGUUGGCAGUUUACAGUAUCUCACACUUACUCGCCCUGACAUAUCCUUUGCCGUCAACACUAUGGCCCAGUUCAUGAGUGCCCCUCGCACCUCUCACCUUGUUGCCGCCAAACGGAUCCUUAGGUACAUCAAGGGCAUUAUUGACCUUGGCCUCACCUUCACUCCUCAAACUGCAACCGCUCGCCUCUCUGCCUGCUCUGAUGCGGAUUGGGCUGGGUGCCCUGAUUCUCGUCGGUCAACCACUGGAUAUGUGAUUACUCUUGGAACUAACCUCAUCUCAUGGUGUUCCAAGAAACAGCCCACAGUCUCGCGCUCUAGUACAGAGUCGGAAUAUCGUGCCCUCUAUCAUGCUUGUGCCGAAACCACUUGGAUAUGCUCCCUUCUUCAUGAAUUGGGUGUGCGUCUUCGGUUCCCAGUCCAACUCUUUUGUGACAAUCUCAGCACCACGUACAUGGUUGCCAAUCCAGUUUUCCAUGCUCGCACACGUCACAUUGAGUUGGACUAUCACUAUGUCCGUGAAAAGGUUGCUCUUGGAAGUCAUCAAGUUUGCUUUAUUCCUUCUGUCGACCAACUUGCGGACUUGUUCACCAAAGCUCUUCACAGAAGUCAACUUCACAAUCUCCUCAUAGCAAUUAGCCUUUCCUGCUGUAAAUUGAAUUGUAUUCAUGUCUAUAUUAUUUCCUACCUUAAGUAGAUAUCCUGUACUAGCAUAAAUAGGGACUUUGUGUAAUCUAUCAAAUACAAGGAAAUAUAUUUUCUACAUAAUCAAUUUUCAAUCUUCUUUU